AUGGAUCAUUUGAACGAGGCAACUCAGGGGAAAGAACAUUCAGAAAUGUCUAACAAUGUGAGCGAUACGAAGGGUCCACCAGCCAAGAUUGCCCGCCUGGAGCAGAACGGGAGCCCGCUGGGAAGAGGAAGGCUCGGGAGCACAGGUGGAAAGAUGCAGGGAGUGCCUUUGAAACACGCGGGCCAUCUGAUGAAAACCAACCUUAGGAAAGGCACCAUGCUACCGGUGUUUUGCGUGGUGGAGCAUUAUGAGAACGCCAUUGAAUACGACUGCAAGGAGGAGCAUGCGGAAUUUGUGUUGGUGAGAAAGGACAUGCUUUUCAACCAGCUGAUCGAAAUGGCACUGCUGUCUCUGGGCUACUCACACAGCUCUGCCGCCCAGGCCAAAGGGCUCAUCCAGGUUGGAAAGUGGAAUCCAGUUCCACUGUCUUACGUGACAGAUGCCCCUGAUGCUACGGUAGCAGAUAUGCUUCAAGACGUGUAUCAUGUGGUUACGUUGAAAAUUCAGUUACACAGUUGCCCCAAACUGGAAGACUUGCCUCCCGAACAAUGGUCGCACACCACCGUGAGGAACGCUCUGAAGGACCUCCUGAAAGACAUGAAUCAGAGUUCACUGGCCAAGGAGUGCCCCCUUUCACAGAGUAUGAUUUCUUCCAUUGUGAACAGCACUUACUAUGCAAAUGUCUCGGCAGCAAAAUGUCAAGAAUUUGGAAGGUGGUACAAACAUUUCAAGAAGACAAAAGAUAUGAUGGUCGAAAUGGACAGUCUCUCUGAACUGUCCCAGCAAGGUGCCAACCACGUCAACUUCGGCCAGCAGCCGGUCCCAGGGAACACUGCCGAGCAGCCCCCGUCCCCCGCGCAGCUCUCCCAUGGCGGCCAGCCCUCCGUCCGGACCCCCCUCCCGAAUCUGCACCCCGGGCUCGUGUCCACGCCCAUCAGCCCUCAGUUGGUCAACCAGCAGCUGGUGAUGGCUCAGCUGCUGAACCAGCAGUACGCGGUGAAUAGACUUCUAGCCCAGCAGUCCUUAAACCAACAAUACUUGAACCACCCUCCCCCUGUCAGCAGAUCUAUGAAUAAGCCUUUGGAGCAACAGGUUUCAACCAACACAGAGGUGUCUUCUGAAAUCUACCAGUGGGUACGCGAUGAACUGAAACGGGCAGGAAUCUCCCAGGCAGUAUUUGCACGUGUGGCUUUUAACAGAACUCAGGGCUUGCUUUCAGAGAUUCUCCGAAAGGAAGAGGACCCCAAGACCGCAUCCCAGUCUCUGCUGGUAAAUCUUCGGGCUAUGCAGAAUUUCUUGCAGUUACCGGAAGCUGAAAGAGACCGAAUUUACCAGGAUGAAAGGGAAAGGAGCUUGAAUGCCGCCUCGGCCAUGGGUCCUGCCCCCCUGAUAAGCACACCGCCCAGCCGCCCUCCCCAGGUGAAAACAGCGACCAUUGCCACUGAGAGGAAUGGGAAGCCAGAGAACAAUACCAUGAACAUUAAUGCUUCCAUUUAUGAUGAGAUUCAGCAGGAAAUGAAGCGCGCUAAAGUGUCCCAAGCACUGUUUGCGAAGGUCGCCGCGACCAAGAGCCAGGGGUGGUUGUGUGAGCUGUUGCGCUGGAAAGAAGACCCUUCUCCAGAAAACAGGACCCUGUGGGAGAACCUCUCCAUGAUCCGGAGGUUCCUCAGCCUCCCUCAGCCGGAGCGCGAUGCCAUCUAUGAGCAGGAGAGCAACGCGGUGCAUCACCAUGGCGACAGGCCGCCCCACAUCAUCCACGUCCCCGCCGACCAGAUCCAGCAGCCGCAGCCGCAGCCCCCGCAGCCCGCGCCGCCGCCCCCGCAGCCGCAGGCGCAGCCGCCGGCCGGGCCCCGGCUCCCCCCGCGGCAGCCCCCCGUGGCCGCCCCGGCCGAGGCCGAGGACGACGCCCGCCAGAAGCCGCGGCCACGCACCAAGAUCUCGGUGGAGGCGCUGGGCAUCCUGCAGAGCUUCAUCCAGGACGUGGGCCUGUACCCGGACGAGGAGGCCAUCCAGACUCUGUCCGCGCAGCUGGACCUGCCCCAGUUCACCAUCACCAAGUUCUUCCAGAACCAGCGGUACUAUCUCAAGCACCACGGCAAGCUGAAGGACCACGCGGGCCUCGAGGUGGACGUGGCCGAGUACAAGGAGGAGGAGCUGCUGAAGGAUCUGGAGGAGGGCGGCGGCGGCGCGCAGGACAAGACCGCCAGCACCCUGUUCGCGGUGAAGCUGGAGGACGAGCUGGCGGCGGAGGGGAACACGGACCUUCACGCCGACUUGAAAGACUGA